AUGUGGUCUCGCCAGCUGUUGGUUGUUGGGAUUUUAGCUAUAGCAGUUUUAGCAAGUCAAAGUCAUGUGAUCCACAAACGAGGCUUGCUUUCGCGAUUAUUUGGCGGAAGCUCCAAAUCCAAUCGCGAUGUGGAAAGUGAUCUUCCACCGCGUGAACGAUCAAAGCUUCGUGAAUUACUAAAAAAUCCGAUUGUUAUCACCAUGCUUAGUGCCGCCGUCGGAAUGAUUGUUCAGCAAGCGUUAGCUGCACGAAAUAUGGACGAUGUCUGCGACAACAAAUACGUAAAAAUGGCCUAUGCUGCUGGUAAUUUACAUCCUCAACUUCAACAAGCACUCAAUUUACUUGGCUGUAACGGCCCUAAUCGAAAGUACGGCACAUCUACACUUCCAACAGAUAAAAACUCGAAUGCAUCGCGCAAUCGUUUUUCAACUGUUGCACCUACUGAUACUGAAAAUGAAGAUCAAGAUCAAGAAGGAGGAGCAGAACAAACUGACGAUAAUGAAAAUGAUGAAGAAGGUUUACAAAGUGGUUUGCCACCGGAAAAAGAGUCUCGAAUCAAACAGUUACUUAGCAUUGCUCGUGGUGAAAAAGGUGCCAAGAGAAACUUUCUUAAAAGUUUAUUCGGUUUCAAUAAAAAGACAAAGACGUUCAAACCGGGACAGAAACUUCCAUCAUCCUCCUACAAGCUGGACAAAGAUGAUGCUAAUUCAUUAAAGCAACUUGAAAAAGAGCUUGAAGAAUACAACAAAGCAAUUCACUAA